CGCUGUAGUAGGGGAGCGCUUUUCUCCUGUUACACGGGAAACCGAACACACCGGACAUUUUUCACAUCAUCACCAAAUUCCCCCCAAAAAGGCUUCAGUUUCCCCUGUACAUCGAUCACAACGGAAAAUUAUUACAUACUACUACGGUAAUUCAGCAAUUAAGACUCCUGGUGCUUUCAAAGGUGCUGAGCUCUUUAACAACCACAACUCCUCUGGUACAUGCUAACUCUCCUCCACUGACUCUUAGCCAAACAAACACUUUUUACUCCACUAUAAAUCUUUAAAGAUGGAUGAGGGCUAUAGAGACCGAUCUGCUAUAUUCAAGGGAGCCAAGGACAUUGCCAAGGAGGUUAAGCGGCAGGCGGGCAAGAAAGUGGGCCGUCACGUGGAUCGCGUGUCGGAUGAAUACACCAAGCGCUCAUACACACGCUUUGAGGAGGAUGAUGAUGAUGAUUAUCCCGUUCAGGCCCAAGAUGGAAGCUACUACCGCAGCAACAGCCGUGCCAAUGACGAUGAUGAGGGUGCACACAGCGACUCCACAGAAGGACACGAUGAAGAUGACGAGAUCUAUGAGGGCGAGUACCAGGGAAUCCCGCGCCAGGAUUCAUCUGUAGAGAAGGCAGAUGGUCAGGCAGCCAGCCGCAUGCAGCACCGCACGGAUCUCGCUCAGUAUGAAGGCGAGAGACGUAAGGAUCAGGAGGAGCUGGCGCAGCAGUACGAGACCAUCCUGCAAGAGUGCGGCCACGGACGCUUCCAGUGGACGCUCUACUUUGUUCUGGGGCUGGCGCUUAUGGCUGACGGUGUGGAGAUCUUCGUGGUCGGCUUUGUACUGCCCAGCGCCGAGAAAGACAUGUGCCUGUCUGAGCCUAACAAAGGAAUGCUGGGUCUGAUUGUUUACCUGGGCAUGAUGGUGGGUGCCUUCGUGUGGGGAGGUCUGGCUGAUCGGAUCGGUCGUAGACAGACUCUGCUCAUCUCUCUCUCCAUAAACAGUGUCUUUGCUUUCUUCUCCUCCUUCGUGCAAGGAUACAGUUCCUUCCUGCUCUGCCGUCUGCUAUCUGGUGUUGGGAUUGGUGGCUCUAUUCCCAUAGUCUUCUCAUACUACUCAGAGUUCUUGGCUCAGGAGAAACGUGGUGAACAUUUGAGCUGGCUCUGCAUGUUCUGGAUGAUCGGGGGAAUAUACGCUUCUGCUAUGGCCUGGGCCAUCAUUCCUCACUAUGGUUGGAGCUUCCAGAUGGGCUCAGCCUACCAGUUCCACAGCUGGAGAGUGUUUGUGCUGGUGUGUGCAUUCCCGGCGGUGGCUGCCAUUGCUGCUCUUAACACCAUGCCUGAGAGCCCACGCUUCUACCUGGAGAAUGGGAAACAUGAUGAAGCUUGGAUGAUCCUGAAACAAGUCCAUGACACUAACAUGAGGGCUAAGGGUUACCCUGAGAGGGUCUUCUCUGUGACCACCAUUAAGACAGUGAAGCAGAUGGAUGAGUUGGUGGAUAUGGGAGAUGACACUACAGCUUGGCACCAGCGCUGGAAGCUCAAGCUCAUGAGUCUCUUUAAUCAGGUGUGGAGUAACUUCCUUACCAUUUUUAAUCCUGAAUAUCGUCGCGUCACCUACAUGAUGAUGGCUGUUUGGUUCACCAUGUCAUUCAGCUAUUAUGGACUGACCGUGUGGUUCCCUGACAUGAUUAAGUACCUGCAGAAGCAGGAGUACAACGCACGCACCAAAGUCUUCAUCAAGGAGAAAAUAGAGCAUGUGACCUUCAACUUUACCCUGGAGAACCAGAUCCACCGGCAGGGAGAAUACUUCAACAACAAGUUUCUGAGUCUGAAGAUGAAAUCCAUGGUGUUUGAAGACUCUCUGUUUGAAGAGUGCUAUUUUGAGGAUAUCACCUCUACCAACACCUUCUUCAAGAACUGCACGUUUAUCUCCACCCUCUUCUAUAACACAGAUUUGUUUAAGUACCGGCUGGUCAACAGCCGUCUCAUCAACAGCACCUUCCUGCAUAACAAGGAGGGCUGCCUGCUGGACACCAGCGACGACAACAACGCCUACAUGAUCUACUUUGUUAGUUUCCUGGGCACGCUGGCAGUCCUUCCUGGCAACAUUGUCUCUGCUUUGCUUAUGGACAAGAUCGGACGCUUGAGGAUGCUGGCCGGGUCCAGCGUGAUCUCCUGUGUCAGCUGUUUCUUCCUGUCGUUUGGGAACAGCGAGUCAGCCAUGAUCGCUCUGCUCUGUCUGUUUGGGGGCAUCAGCAUUGCAUCCUGGAAUGCCCUGGACGUACUUACGGUAGAACUGUACCCGUCUGAUAAGAGAACUACAGCCUUUGGGUUCCUGAAUGCUCUGUGUAAGCUUGCUGCGGUGCUGGGCAUCAGCAUCUUCCAGUCCUUUGUGGGCAUCACCAAAGCUGUGCCCAUAUUGUUUGCUUCGGGUGCACUGGCGGCUGGCAGCUUCCUGGCGCUAAAGCUCCCAGAGACAAGGGGUCAGGUGCUUCAGUAGUGCGGCCUUGAUGUCAGAAAAGUGCCAGCAUUAGAUAGGGAGAGUCCCCCUGCCAUGUAACCCCAAACCCCCUGUUACUGAGUGUCACACAGUUUCCCUCAUUGUACAACGUCCCCUCUGUUUAUUAAACACAGCACAGUGACAAGU